CAGGUCGGGCAGCCCGCCUCCCGAAGCUUCUGGAGGAAAGGCCCCGGGUGUCCCCUGGCAUGCCCCAUCUCGCGGCACGGUGCGCGGCCGCCGACCGUCGGGAGAAGUUGGGCGGUCCCGGGCGGCCCCGGGGACGAGUGGCCGCGUUUGUGCAGCGGUUGUAAGCAAGAUGCGGUAGCACGUGACCUUGGAACGCAGACCCUGAUGCUGGUUCCCCGCCACCCGUGUGCGCUUUUCUCUGACCCUUGGCCCCCAGCAGAUGCAUCACAGGAUGAAUGAAAUGAACCUGAGUCCUGUGGGGAUGGAGCAGCUGACUUCAUCCUCCGUGAGCAAUGCCUUGCCGGUCUCAGGGAGUCACCUGGGGUUGGCUGCCUCACCCACUCACAAUGCCAUCCCUGCUCCAGGCUUGCCAGUGGCGAUUCCAAACCUGGGUCCCUCCCUGAGCUCUCUACCUUCUGCUUUGUCUCUGAUGCUCCCAAUGGGUAUUGGGGAUCGAGGGGUGAUGUGUGGGUUACCUGAAAGAAACUACACCCUACCUCCACCACCUUACCCCCACCUUGAGAGCAGUUACUUCAGGACCAUUCUACCUGGCAUUUUGUCUUAUUUAGCUGACAGACCACCUCCUCAGUAUAUUCACCCUAACUCCAUAAAUGUUGAUGGUAACACAGCAUUAUCUAUCGCCAAUAACCCUUCAGCGCUAGAUCCCUAUCAGUCCAAUGGAAAUGUUGGAUUAGAACCAGGCAUUGUUUCAAUAGACUCUCGCUCUGUGAACACACAUGGCGCCCAGAGUCUUCAUCCCGCUGAUGGUCAUGAGGUGGCCUUGGACACAACAAUCACCAUGGAGAACGUCUCUAGGGUCACCAGCCCAAUCUCUACAGAUGGAAUGGCAGAAGAGCUGACGAUGGAUGGUGUUGCAGGCGAGCACACCCAGAUCCCAAAUGGCGCCAGAAGUCACGAACCUCUGUCUGUGGACUCUGUGGGCAGCAACCUUGCAGCAGAGACUGUGGGACAUGGUGGUGUGAUGCCCAUGCAUGGGAACGGCCUGGAGCUCCCUGUGGUCAUGGAGACAGACCACAUUGCAAGCCGGGUCAGCGGGAUGUCUGACAGUGCCCUCAGUGACUCCAUCCACACCGUGGCCAUGAGCACCAACUCUGUAAGCGUGGCACUCUCUACCUCACACAACCUCGCCUCCCUAGAGUCCGUUUCCCUCCAUGAAGUUGGCCUCAGCCUAGAACCUGUGGCUGUCUCCUCCAUCACCCAGGAGGUUGCCAUGGGGACGGGUCAUGUAGAUGUGUCUUCAGACAGUCUUUCUUUUGUACCACCUUCACUGCAAAUGGAAGACUCCAAUUCAAACAAGGAAAAUAUGGCAACCUUGUUUACAAUUUGUGAGUGUGCUUAGCCUUUUUCUUUUGGAGAUACUGAUAGAAAGGGUCAUCAUUCUUAACAGGUUUAGUCUCAAGGUCAGGUGUUAAUUAAGGGAGUAUAGAAAGUAACUGGACUUUGAAACUU